GGGUCAUCUUCCCCACCCUGCGCAACUCCUUCAAGUCACGGGACCUGGAGCGCCUCUACCAGCGCUAUUUCCUGGGCCAGAGGCGCAAGUCCGAGGUGGUGAUGAAUGUGCUGGACGUGUUGACCAAGCUCACCCUCCUGGUUCUCCACCUGAGCCUGGCCUCGGCGCCCAUGGACCCGCUGAAGGGCAUCCUGCUCGGCUUCUUCACGGGCAUCGAGGUGGUCAUCUGCGCCCUGGUGGUGGUCAGGAAGGACACCACUUCGCACACGUACCUGCAGUACAGCGGCCUGGUCACCUGGGUGGCCAUGACCACCCAGAUCUUGGCCGCGGGCCUUGGCUACGGGCUCCUGGGCGACGGCAUCGGCUACGUGCUCUUCACGCUGUUCGCCACCUACAGCAUGCUGCCGCUGCCGCUCACCUGGGCCAUCCUGGCCGGCCUGGGCACUUCGCUGCUGCAGGUGGUCCUCCAAGUGGUGAUCCCCCGACUGGCGGUCAUUGCCAUCAACCAGGUGGUGGCCCAGGUGGUGUUAUUCAUGUGCAUGAACACGGCUGGGAUCUUCAUCAGUUACCUGUCAGACCGCGCCCAGCGCCAGGCCUUCCUGGAGACUCGGAGGUGUGUGGAGGCCAGGCUGCGCCUGGAGACGGAAAACCAAAGACAGGAGCGGCUCGUGCUGUCCGUGCUGCCCCGCUUUGUCGUCCUGGAGAUGAUCAACGACAUGACCAACGUGGAAGAUGAGCACCUGCAGCACCAGUUCCAUCGGAUCUACAUCCAUCGCUAUGAGAACGUCAGUAUUCUUUUUGCAGAUGUUAAAGGAUUUACCAACCUCUCCACGACCUUGUCCGCUCAGGAGCUGGUCAGGAUGCUCAACGAGCUCUUUGCCCGAUUCGAUCGACUGGCCCACGAGCAUCACUGUCUUCGCAUCAAGAUCCUGGGGGACUGCUACUACUGCGUCUCCGGACUGCCGGAGCCCCGCCAGGACCACGCCCACUGCUGCGUGGAAAUGGGCCUCAGCAUGAUCAAAACCAUCAGGUAUGUGCGGUCAAGGACGAAGCAUGACGUCGACAUGCGAAUCGGAAUCCACUCGGGCUCAGUGCUGUGUGGUGUGUUGGGCCUGCGGAAGUGGCAGUUUGACGUCUGGUCUUGGGACGUGGAUAUUGCGAACAAACUUGAAUCUGGAGGGAUCCCUGGGAGGAUUCACAUUUCCAAAGCCACCCUCGACUGCCUCAACGGUGACUAUGAUGUGGAAGAGGGCCACGGGAAAGAGAGGAAUGAGUUCUUGCGGAAGCAUAACAUAGAGACCUAUUUAAUUCAGCAGCCGGAGGACAGUCUGCUGUCGCUGCCCGAAGACAUUGUCAAGGAGGCAGUGAGCUCCUCGGACCGGAGGAACAGCGGGGCGACGUUCACCGAGGGGUCCUGGAGCCCCGAGCUGCCCUUCGACAACAUCGUGGGUAAACAGAACACUCUGGCUGCCCUAACAAGAAAUUCAAUAAAUCUACUUCCAAAUCAUCUUGCACAAGCUUUGCAUGUCCAGUCGGGGCCUGAGGAAAUUAACAAGCGAAUAGAACAUACCAUCGACUUGCGGAGUGGCGAUAAAUUGAGAAGAGAGCAUAUCAAGCCAUUCUCACUGAUGUUUAAAGACUCCAGCCUGGAGCACAAGUAUUCUCAAAUGAGGGACGAAGUGUUCAAGUCAAACUUGGUGUGUGCGUUCAUCGUUCUUCUGUUUAUCACGGCAAUACAGAGCUUGCUUCCUUCUUCAAGGGCUAUGCCAAUGGCCAUCCAGUUCUCCAUCCUGAUCAUGCUGCAUGCGGCUCUGGUCCUCAUCACCACGGCGGAGGAUUACAAGUGUUUACCACUCGUCCUGCGGAAGACUUGCUGCUGGAUCAACGAGACCUAUUUGGCCCGGAACGUCAUCAUCUUCGCAUCCAUCCUGAUCAAUUUCCUGGGCGCCAUCCUCAAUAUCUACUUCGUCUUCACGGGCGUGCUGGCCAUGGUGACCUGUGCGGUUUUCCUCCGACUCAACUCUGUCCUGAAGCUGGCCGUGCUGCUCAUUAUGAUCGCCAUCUACGCCCUGCUGACCGAGACCAUCUACUCAGGCCUCUUCCUGCGCUAUGACAACCUGAAUCACAGUGGAGAAGAUUUCCUGGGGACCAAGGAGGCGUCGCUGCUGCUGAUGGCCAUGUUCCUCCUCGCUGUGUUCUACCACGGACAGCAGCUGGAGUACACUGCCCGCCUGGACUUCCUUUGGCGGGUUCAGGCCAAAGAGGAGAUCAACGAGAUGAAGGAGCUGAGGGAGCACAAUGAGAACAUGCUCCGGAACAUCCUGCCCAGCCACGUGGCCCGCCACUUCCUGGAGAAGGACCGAGACAACGAGGAGCUGUAUUCUCAAUCCUAUGAUGCUGUCGGGGUGAUGUUCGCCUCCAUCCCGGGGUUUGCGGACUUUUACUCUCAGACCGAAAUGAAUAACCAAGGCGUGGAGUGCCUGCGCCUGCUGAAUGAGAUCAUUGCGGACUUCGAUGAGCUGCUCGGCGAAGACCGGUUUCAAGACAUUGAAAAGAUCAAGACCAUUGGCAGCACCUACAUGGCUGUCUCAGGCCUGUCACCUGAAAAGCAGCAAUGUGAGGACAAGUGGGGACACCUGUGCGCCCUGGCCGACUUCUCGCUCGCCCUGACGGAGAGUAUCCAGGAGAUCAACAAGCACUCGUUCAACAACUUCGAGCUCCGGAUCGGCAUCAGCCAUGGCUCGGUGGUCGCUGGCGUCAUCGGCGCUAAGAAGCCGCAGUACGACAUCUGGGGUAAAACCGUGAACCUGGCCAGCCGCAUGGACAGCACGGGGGUCAGCGGCAGGAUCCAGGUCCCGGAGGAGACGUUCCUCAUCCUGAAGGACCAGGGCUUCGCCUUCGACUACCGAGGGGAGAUCUACGUGAAGGGCAUCAGCGAGCAGGAGGGGAAAAUCAAGACGUACUUUCUCCUGGGCAGGGUCCAGCCCAACCCGUUCAUCCUGCCCCCGAGGAGGCUGCCGGGGCAGUACUCGCUGGCCGCCGUGGUCCUGGGCCUCGUCCAAUCCCUCAACAGGCAGCGGCAGAAGCAGCUCCUCAACGAGAACAACAGCUCGGGCAUCAAGGGCCACUACGCCCGGCGGACUCUGCUGACGCCCGGCGGGCCCGAGCCCGGCGCCCAGGCCGAGGGCCCCGACAAGUCCGACUUGCCAUAAACGCGUUUCCUUUGUGUUCCUUUUUUUUGUAUUUCUUUUAUAUAUAA